AUGUUUGGGCUGCUUGUCGUGUGGAACGUCGUGGCGUUUUUCUUCUUCGGGCCGCCUUCCCAUGCGGGGCUUGGGGAACAGGGUAAUCCGAGCGGACUGCCCGAGAGUGAAAGCAGCAGCGACUCGGAUCGGCGAUGGCCGCUUGUCCCAGACGUUCCCGUCACGACGGUUGCCGUGGACAUCCCGUUGUUGAAUGACACGAUGGCACCACCUUCCAAGGUCGAGUUCAAUUUCCCCAAGUUUGUGGGCCAGCCAGCCAAGUUUCCGAUCCCGACGGCACCGACUUGUGGCAUCCGCAAGGCCAAGUCGGCCAAGGAAGUCGUGUACAUAACCGUGGACGACGGACCGUCACCGUCGGGCCGGUUGAACCUGCUCAACGCGAUGGACCAACUCAACAACCGCACGGACACGGAGGCGGCGUACGUGUCGUUCAUCGAGAGUGGGUACAACUUUUGCGCCCAAGACUCGAACGCGAUUGUCAACUUGAAGUGCAACCCCGCCGCGUACGACACGGCUUUGCAGUUGCUCGUGUGGACAAUCAAAGCCGGUCACAUGAUCGCAGCGCACUCGGACUCGCACUUUUACGACGCCAACGCGGGAUUGUGCAACUACGUGACCAUGUCCUUGGUGACUAAGGUCGAGGACAAGUACGCCAAAUGCGGCAAAGAUACGUGGUCUGACAUGGGAAAGCUCGAGUGCAAACCCGACACCAAGCCGUGGUUUGUCUUGGGAUGGGACGUGGAGUGGUACUUGGAUGCCGAGGCAACGUACGAUGCGCAGAAGGAAAAGUGCAAAGUCGCCCAAGACAUUGUCGACCAGUUCGACAAGAAGUGGAAGCCCGGGCCGAGUGAGGACCACGUCGUGCUGCUGACCCACGACUACUUUUUUGUGGACGAGGCGAAAGCGUCUAUCUUUCGAAACGUGAUAGCUGAGCUGCAGCUUCUCGGGUAUACCAUUGGCACGUUGGAUCAGUACCCCCUCAAGCAAUAA